GUAGGGGACUUUUUCCCUCCAACCUUCAACUGUCCUCAUCGCGUUGAUCGUAUUGGGGUGAUUGGAGAUGGUGGCAAAUGGGUAUGUGGAAUUGAGGUCGUCGCCAUGAAACAAGAAUGCGUGAUCUACUCAAUUGGGAUCAACGGCGAGUCCUCGUUCGAGGCAGAUCUUCUCGAUCGCGCGCCGGGAUGCCAAGUAUGGGGAUACGAUUACAGCGUUGAUAGUUUUGGUAUUGAGAUCCAGCGCUUUGAAGACCUCAAGAACCGCUCUCAUUUCGAACCGUGGGCUCUCAGCGGAAAGGAUGCCCACGGUGUAAACGAUAAACCCAAACACUAUACUCUCCAGACAAUCAUGGAUCUUAAUGGCCACAAUUUCAUCGACAUCCUCAAGAUCGACAUCGAAGGCGGGGAAUUCGACUCACUCAUUCCGCUUCUCGAGGCUUAUGUCCACCCUCCUUCUGGACCCGCUCGCCCACUCCCCUUUGGCCAGCUGCAACUUGAGAUACAUGCUUGGAACGGGCGCGAUCGUUUGGAUUCUCUCCUGCCAUGGUUCGAGUUGAUGGAACGUGCAGGGCUGCGCCCCUUCAGAAACGAGCCAAAUUUGGUAUAUCUAGGUUGGGUAAAGGGAUCCCAUCCUGACCUUGUGGAGUAUUCUUUCAUUAAUAUAGGCGGAGAUCAUGAACUAAUCUCAGGCAACACGGUACCAUGGUAA